CUCACACAGUGUUACGUUACAUCAGCAUAUGCUCGCGGACCCUGACGCACGGUUACGUGCUGUCCUCGCGCUGCACUAGAUCUACAGAACAAGUGGAACGCGUCAGAGCUGCUGCGAGGGUCCAUCCAGGCGCACUGAACUCCGCGGGCCCCCUGCUCGGAACAGCGUCCCGACAACAACGCAACAUAACACAACCUUGCGGCACGAUUUGAAUGCAGCUCUAAACAUUAUUCUGUAAUCCCAGGGUUCAGCAUGGCGAGCUGUGGAGAAGUGGACUGCUCAGCGAAUGCCUCGGCUCCCAGCAAGCAGAUAGAGGAAGUAGGAGCUUCUGCAGAACCUUCCGGUUCCACCGCCACGAACCCGGAGUGUUCCAUCUGCCUCCAGAGCUGCAUCCACCCGGUCCGCCUGCCGUGCCUCCAUGUCUUCUGUUUCCUGUGCGUGAAAGGCGCCUCCUGGCAGAGCAAGCGCUGCGCUCUCUGCCGACAGGAGGUCCCGGAGGACUUCCUGGAGCGGCCGGUCCUCCUGUCGCCCGAAGAACUGAAGGCGGCGGCUUCCGGCGCGGGCCGGAGCGGAGCCACUGGCGGCGGUUCCCUCGGGGACCACGCCUGGUACUACGAGGGGCGCAACGGCUGGUGGCAAUACGAUGAGCGGACCAACCGUGAGCUGGAGGAGGCCUUCGCCAAGGACAGGAAAAGCACGGAGAUGCUGAUCGCGGGGUUUCUGUACGUGGCCGACCUGGAGAACAUGGUGCAGUAUCGGCGAAAUGAGCACGGCCGCAGGCGAAAGAUCAAGCGGGACAUUGUAGAUAUCCCAAAGAAGGGAGUUGCGGGACUGCGGUUGGACCCCGAGCCGGUCCCCAUUCUUUCUGUGCCGGUCGUCACCCCGGCCGCGACGGAACGCGUCAGCUCAGCGGAUGGGUUGGACACUGAUAGCGUACAGCCACAGUCUUCGUUCUUUGGCAUCAUGGCAUCUCUACCCCCUGUGAGACCACCGACCCUCCUGGGGCGACAUCUCACCGGAACCCUUCCUCCCUCGCCGUCGAGCGUGGAAGAGUCGUUCUCCCAGCUCCUCAUCAGCCAGCCGGGGUGUGACGAGGUGGAAGGGGACGACGGGCCGCAGACGUACGAGUGUGCAUCCGGCAGCAGUGAAAGUGAGGAGGAGAGGGAGUGCGAGACGGGGGCAGCAGCAUCCGUGCGGAGGCUCGGGCAAAGACCGUUAAGAGAGCGCCAGCCAGCAAGGAUGCCACCGAGGGGGGGGCCUUCCAGCUCUGCGCUCAGUCUCCGCUCACGAAGCCCUGAUGGACAGUGCACUGUCACAGAAGUGUGACUGACCAUGCAGCGGUGUCUUUCCAGCAGAUUACAGGGUGCUUUCAUCAGGUUGACAAAAGUGCUAUGCGUCUUUUAAAGGUCCCACGAAAUGGAAAAAAUACCAUUUAUUGUGUUGGUAUUCAUGUCAUUGGAUGUAUUUCACCACAUCCAUCAUUUGACGAAAAUCACCCUUACAUAUUUUUGUGUCUAAAUAUCCAAGGUUUUCUAGCCAAUUAAAGUUUAUUUAGAUAUAUAAGGACAUUGUAAUCUUAGUUUUGAAUGGGAUCCGGUAAUCCGACUCUUCCAAACCUGGAGGGUCCACAAAGGUAACUAGCAACAGCAGCAAUAAGAUGGGUCAGUGCGGGGUACUUGAAUGUUAAUAAGUGACAGGUCUCGCUACAGAUAACGUAUAUAACACCUGGGACAAACUAAUGCCAGUGUUGCUUUUCUUCCCCCCUUAAUUCUGUGUUCCAUGCUGGAAACAGUGACAACUAAGGUCACAAAAUCCAUUAAAACCAUUUCAGGGGACCUUUAACCCAUGAAGCGUUUGUUUUGAAGACUUAAAAGCAGGCUUCUGCCAGCUAGGAGCUUCUCGCGUUGGUGGUCCUGCGUCACCAUCAGCAGGUUAAGUCGUGAAGCACAACAGUCUGACUUUUAGGCCCAAAAACUGUGAACUGCUUGAUCAAUGUUGUCCAAAACGCCUUUUUGGUUCUCUAAUCUUUUGAGCUCAUUUUUAAUAAGGUUGAUAUAUCUUGAGGUUGGUGGGGGGG